AUGCAAGAGAGAAUUCAUCAAAGUAGACGAGAAUUCGAGAAAUUAAGCAUUGACGAGAACGCAGGAAGUCCCGUAACGACUCCCACGAGCGAAGAAUUACUCGAAAAUAAACGUCGCGAGAUGAAAGAACGCGGAUAUCGUUCAAAACAGCAACUAAAAGACCAAAUUUAUCAAUCGCGACGCGAAGCAAUGGAAUCUAUGGCUGAACCGGUUUACGUUUCAAAGCGCGAAUUGAAGCAAGAAACGAUUUACGAGUCAAAACACGAGACAAGCGAAGAAAAUUUGGAAAAAUCGAUGCAAAUUAAAAAGGAACCAUCAUUGUACAAGUUCCCUCCAUUACCUCCGCCCCCGAAAACGCCUCCGCCAGAUCCGCCAAGCCAUCCGCCGUCACAGUCAAAAGACGCUUCCAAAGAUUCGAACGAUUCGACACUCAAAUCGGGCGAUCAAACGGUCAUUAGUUCGUCGAAAAAUGCUCCUCUUGCUUCAAUUGACUCCGAAGAAGAAGAUGAAACCAUUAAAAAAAAUAACGAAUCCGAUAUUGAAAAAGCUCUCGCAGCAGCGGAAAAAAUUAAAGUUACCUCUCCGUUAGCGCGGCGACCUUCUCACAUCUCGAACGUAAUAAAACGCACGGCUCCUGUGGAUAAUGCCGCUAUUUAUGCUUCUCGUACUUCAAUUGAGACGCAAUACGUGUCGCAAGCAAGUUUGCCAAUUGGACCGCCAAAUGCCCAAAGUACGCCGUAUGCGAGUGAUUUGUCCUUGGCUCAAGCGGGAGCAGCAGCUGCAAAGAAGCCAUGGAUAUUGCCGACUGUUCCGCGGGAACCGAUGACGACAAAGGGAGUUUUUGACAGCGAAGGAGGCAAAUUAGAAGACCAUUUGUGGAAUGUGACGUUAGUUAUUCCAAAAGGAGCAAUUCCGCCGGGUGUUAAACAAGAAGUUUAUUUUACCGUAACUGAUCCACGGAUGGCAAAUCAAGUUGGAGGACCCCCAUUAGACAUGGAAAAUGGUGAAGCAAUGUUAUCUCCCCUCGUAAUGUGCGGACCACAAGGCCUCGAAUUUCAAGUACCAGUAAUCUUAAGUAUUCCUCAUUGCGCUGGAGCAACGCCAUCCCUUGGCGUCUCACUCAAAGCUACGGACUCUGAAAAGAAUCUCCGCACAGAAUGGGAUAACAUGGAUUUGCCAAGUAAUGCCGCAGCUUCGACAGUUUCCGUUACAGUUGAUCAUUUUUAAAAUUUCGCCAUUUUUAUUUUUUUUUUUAUUUUUGAAACACGUGCCUCACGAGCAUUUUUCAUGUAUUUCAGUUUAAUAUUUUUUUUUCAUACAGGAAUCAUUUUUAUGUGUAGUAAAAUUUUGAUGUAUUGUAGUAGAUUUUAAGUUGUAAACAAAAAAAAAU